ACACACCUGGGGACACACGCUACUCCGGGAGGUGAUUUGCGACUUAGCCAGGCCCCCAAGGUUGGGCUGCUGUACGGAGAAAGUCUGCCCAGGUCCACAUCCGAGCCUUCAUCGUUUGUCCUCCGGGUUCUGCGGUCCUGCUGGAAGAGGGGAGCUUCUACAAUGGGAGUUGCCACAGCCCCGCCGCCCCCCACCACCUCCAAAACCCUACAGAAGCAGUAUCUAGAAGCAGUGGGCGCCUACCAAUAUGUGCUCACUUUCCUCUUCAUGGGCCCUUUCUUCUCCCUUCUUGUCUUUGUCCUCCUCUUCACAUCACUCUGGACCUUCUCUGUUGUUUACUUGGUGUGGCUCUACGUGGACUGGGACACACCCAACCAAGGUGGAAGGCAUUCGGAGUGGAUAAGGAACCAGGCAAUUUGGAGACAACUAAGGGACUAUUAUCCUGUCAAGCUGGUGAAAACGGCAGAGCUGCCCCCGGAUCAGAACUACGUGCUAGGCGCCCACCCUCAUGGGAUCAUGUGUACAGGCUUCCUCUGUAAUUUCUCCACCGAGAGCAAUGGCUUCUCCCAGCUCUUCCCAGGGCUCCGGCCUCGGUUAGCUGUGCUGGCUGGCCUCUUCUACCUCCCGGUCUAUCGCGACUACAUCAUGUCUUUUGGACUCUGUCCCGUGAGCCGCCAGAGCCUGGACUUCAUCCUGUCCCAGCCCCAGCUCGGGCAGGCGGUGGUCAUCAUGGUGGGGGGUGCGCACGAGGCCCUGUAUUCAGUCCCCGGGGAGCACUGCCUCACGCUCCAGAAGCGCAAAGGCUUCGUGCGCCUGGCGCUGAGGCACGGGGCAUCCCUGGUGCCCGUGUACUCCUUUGGGGAGAAUGACAUCUUUAGACUUAAGGCUUUUGCCACAGGCUCCUGGCAGCAUUGGUGCCAGCUCACCUUCAAGAAGCUCAUGGGCUUCUCUCCUUGCAUCUUCUGGGGUCGCGGCCUCUUCUCAGCUACCUCCUGGGGCCUGCUGCCCUUUGCUGCGCCCAUCACCACUGUGGUGGGCCGCCCCAUCCCGGUCCCCCAGCGCCUCCGCCCCACCGAGGAGGAAGUCAAUCACUAUCAUGCCCUCUACAUGAAGGCCCUGGAGCAGCUCUUUGAGGAGCACAAGGAAAGCUGUGGGGUCCCCGCUUCCACCUGCCUCACCUUCAUCUAGGCCUUAUGCUGAGCCCCUGAGCCUAAGGCACUGAGACCUCCAUCCACUGUGGACUCCAUGCCUCCAAUAAAAGGUAGUUCUGGGCCCAGCGCAAUGCCUCAUGCCUAUAAUCCCAGUACUUUGGGAGGCCGAGGUGGGAGGAUCGCUUGAGCCCAGGAGUUGAAGACCAGCCUGGGCAACAUAGUGAGACUUCAUUUCUACAAAAA